CUCCGCAAAAACCGCAUAGUUUCAUUGAUGGAGACGGAAGAUCUUCCAAGACGGUUGGUCGAUCCGAGUUGCUGCGGGGUUUUACGAACUCUGGGGGUUUCGUGAAAUACUCCGCUGCCCGCGCUUGCAGCUCCACAUUCCUCCACAAUUCUUCGUCACCAACGCCUCGAGAAUGUGAUGUCGGCUGGUUGGUCAAAUCUUUCCGUGAGCAAUGGAAGUCUCGCAGGCGAUGUUGAUGGUCCUGUCAGCACCGGCGAGGAGGGUCCAGCCUGCGCAUCUUGCAAGAAGCGGAAACUGCGCUGCUCGAGAGAAGCGCCUACGUGCUCGCAUUGUCUGAGACUUUUAACGGCGUGUGUGUACACGGCCAAACAGAAGCCAGGGCUGAAACCUGGGGCCGUUGACGCGUUGACGCGUCGCGUAUCAUUCUUGGAGCGAAUACUUUUGGACGAUGCUGGAAAUAUUCGCUCACAAUUCAGUGAUGAGAACCAAAUCGGUCGCAGUACCUUCCCCGUUGACAUUGCCACGGCUGGGGAAGUCGCAGUCCAGAUCGACCAUACAACUCCCCAUGUUGAAGCUUCUUCCCACAAUCACCAAAGAAACGACACGAUAAGAAAAGACUCUGCGGAUGAAGCACAUAAUAAAUCUACAUCUAAUGUUUUAAAACGCAAGUUCGACCAUUCGCUCAUGGACAGCUGGCUGUAUGAAACCGACGAUAUCGACACUGCGCAACAUUUACCACCUCACUCCCUUCUGCUGAAGGUUGUUGACUUUUAUUGUGGCUCUUUCCACCACUGGAUUCCCUAUAUCCACAAGCAAAGGUUACAAACGCGCGUUCGCGAAGGAUUUCAUCAUCCAGGAUUAACUCUUUUCCUACACGCCUUGGUCACUGUGUCGUUGCGACAUAUGGACCCUGGUGCCUUAUUUCUAGACGACGAUCAGAUUCGGCAACAGACUAGGCUUUCCCGCCUGAUUGUGGAAACACAGGCAAUGAAAAGCGUGUCCGUGGAGAGUCUACAAGCAUUGAUAUUUCUUGUCUUCGAUCAUCUCAACGACGGCCACCCCGAGAAAGCAUGGCCGAUUAUUGGAUCGCUGACCAGAACCAUCGACUACCUCCAACUCACUAUUGAGCCCUCAGCAUCAAGUUCCGGUGCGCUCAUGAAGCCUGUACGUUUGGUACAGCCCUCUGAAGACUGGACAGAGCUUGAAGAGCGUCGGCGGUUGUUCUGGAUCAUCUUCCUACUUGACCGAUUCUGCUCGGUAUCCACUGGCUGGAACACCAGUCUUACAUCUGAUGAUGUUCAUAGAAGACUGCCAGCAGAUGGGGGCUACUUCACCCGUGAAGAACCUGUUACUACGCCGUAUUUUGGUAUCUGGGACAAGGCAGCCGCUAGAAUUGGACGAUCUCUGGCACAUGUACCUACGCAAUACAACGAAGACGAUACAUCUGUUGAACAACCGUCAGGGUCAAGCCCUAACUCGGCUAACAGCUACAUCGAUGCCUCCAAGUUGGGAGCAUUUGCGUAUUGUGUUGAGGCAACGGAAUCUCUGAGCCAAGUGACGACAUUUUUCCUGCAACAACAAAUGAAUUGGCAUGAUAAGGAGCAUGCCAUUAGUUGGCUGACCCGCUUCAAGGAGUUGGACCUAAGGCUCGUACAUUGGAAGCUAUUCCUGCCGCCUCGAUGGAAGGACUCCAACAUUUCCUUGGACCGAACCAUCGUAGACAUGGAUCCAAACCUGACACUGGCUCAUCUUACCCACAAUACGUCCAUGAUAUUACUCCAUCAUCCUAUAGCUCAUCCUCCAUCAAACUGGAACAACAUAGUUGCUUUACCAAAGGAAUGUAGUGCUCAGACCUGCGAGCUUGCAGCUAUCGAGACGUCGAACAUCGUCGAUAAGUUUCUUGCACAUACAUCAAUCCCAUUUGUUAACGUGCAGUUUUCAUUCUGCACAUUUGUUGCCGCAAAAGCCUUGCUAUACGAGCACCAAGCCUCUCAGCAAACACUUCGUCCCGAAUUUCAUCGCCUCACUAAAGACCUAUGGGAAAUGUCAGCUCGAUGGAGUGGGAAAAUUCGGAGCCCUGAUAAGCCAGCUCAAGGAUCAGAGACUAAUCAAGCAGGAGUCUACGCACGCCAUCUUGAGUGUCUUCACGAAGAAGGUCAACGGAAUUCCCAUUUCAGAUUCGACUUCUACGAUCACUCAUGCACAUCACGUAGGUCCAACGAGCAGUUCAGUCCAACACAGAUCCGUACGCCACAUCAGCGCUCUGGGAGCUUUACUAAACCACCACACUUCCCUGCAACUCAUGCGCGCCAGAAAAGUUUCAACAGCCCUCGAUGUGCGCCCAAUCUGAGGAGAACCCCUUCCAGCACCGCACCGUACACAAGGGCAAUGGAUUCAUCACCUCGGCAUUCACAGCAUCAAGCCCAGGUUCAUAGCGCUCAGUAUGUGUCGCCCAACGGGAUACCUUUGUCAUAUGCGACGCCGUAUUCAUCAGCUGUAUCUCCAGGCCCUGAUACCGUUCGUAUACCCGACCUGUCGGAUCACCAAUUUCAGGCAAGCAACGGGAUGAUAAACAAUGUCCCAAAUGUGCAGGAUCAAUCACUGCUCAACCUUUCAGACGCAUUCACCAACUCGCACUUUUUGGAUAUGGAUCGAGUUAUCACUUUCGAGGACGCAAAUUUCUUACUACCUGGCGACGCAUUCAGAUGGCAGUGA